UAAUGUUCUUGCUGGCACGAAAAUAUAUUUUUCAGGUGGUUGGAUUCAAAGUGCAAAUAGAUCAAUUUGGACACCAUCUAAUGAAUUUUAUCAUUUAGACGUAUCAACCGCUUUUAAAAUAAAUGAAGGUACAAUGCCUUGGGUAAAUCUUAGUUUAGGGUCAAUUAUUCCACCACAUUCCUGGAGUGCAUGUUCGCUUUGCGGACCCGAUAAUAAUACUUUAGUAAUUUUUGGUGGUGAUUUUGGUGCUACGAAUCCUGCAAACCUAGUUUUCACUUAUAAUCUAAAAACACUACAAUGGAACAAUCCAAUAACCCCUGGUCAACCUCCAAAUAAACAUGCACGUUCUGUUUGUGACUUUAAAACAGGAAAAAUGUAUAUGUUUUCUGGUUAUUUAAAUGUGGAAAAUGCUACUAUGGAUAUUCUUGAUACAAAAACACUAACAUGGAGUGUUGGUAAUGAUCUUGUAGUGUUAGAUACCGAGAAAUCGAUUUUUACUUGGUCAAAACCGAACGUUUCUACUCUUUCACCACUUUCACGUUGCUAUCAUUCAGCUACUUUGGUUGGUCAUUAUAUGAUUGUAGUUUUUGGAAGAAAUGGUAUUUAUACACCAUCUUUAACAAUGAAUGAAGUAUACAUUUUAGAUACAAGCGACAAAUUUGAUUAUAAAUGGAUUAAUGAAUUUAUACCUCCUACAACAUCCAAUGAUAAAACUGUAACAACAUUGAAUCUUACUCCAACUACUAACGCUAUAAAUUCUACGGCAUUAAUAGUCUCAACUUCAAUUUCAACAUUUCUAUUAGUUUUAGCAACUG